AUGUCGAUUAUAAAGUUUAUCAUUCUUUGUAUUAUACUGUACGGUGUAGAGAGUACUGUAUACGAUAUCACCACGUCAUCAUCAAAUUGGCAAUCUAUUCUUAGUAAUUUAAAACCUGGUGAUCUUGUCACUAUGCAUCAGGGUACUUAUACAACGGCGGGUUCUGGCUAUUUUCAGUUGACAUUGAACGGUCUAUUGACGCAGCCAAUCAUCAUUCAGGGAGCACCUGAUGAAGCGCGCCCUGUUAUACAAAAUCCAAAUACUAGUCCAGACGCUCAAAAUAUUCUCAAUAUCCAAGGAUCCAAUUUUAUGCUAAAGCACUUGGCAUUUACCAAGGGUUCUAGAGGCAUAAGAGUAGGACCUGCUGCUACGUUCAAUGCAAUAUUUGACGAUCUGUAUGUUUAUGACACUGCGACUACAGCAUUUGCAGCGAAUGAUGCUGGAAAUGAGUAUUACAAUAUUACAUUAAGAAAUACCGAAAUAAAAAUUAGCAAUACAUUUGGAGGUGGAUGUGUCUAUUUCGGCUGUGUAAAUGAUCUAUGUCGUAUGCGUGAUUCGCUUCUUGAGCAUAACUAUUGUCACGAUACGAAUGGCCCUGUAGGAGGCUUUCGACCUGGAUUUCAAGUGAAGCCUGGCUCAUACAAUGUCAUGAUUCGUAAUAAUGCUUGCUAUAGGGUUUCAGGACCAUGUAUUUUGGUUUAUGAUGAUUACAACCGUGGAAGAAAUUUCAUCGUGGGUAAUUAUGCGAUUCAGUCCGGCACAGGUGAUUUCGGCAUACAGUGCACAUCUGGAGUAACAAUCGCAAACAAUGUUAUUUUCAGUGCUAAUCUGGCUGGCAUUGGUGUAACUCAGAACUCAGUCUAUCCCGCUGUUGGAUACAUUCGAAAUGUUACUAUAAGCCAUAAUACUGUUUACAUGUCGGCGGCAGAUGCGUGUCUUCGUCUGAAUGGCGCAACGCAUAGUAACAUUCUCAUUGCCAACAACGUAUUCUAUUGUGGCAAUCAACCAGCGAUCACAGCUGUCACUAACUUAGCUAGCUACCAAAUUUAUAAUAACGCUAUUAACGGUCCAGUUUCAGCUUCCGGAAUUCAGCCCGAUGGAACAUUCAAUAUCGAAUACAAUGCUUUUUUCGAUCCUAACAAAAUGAAUUUAUAUCCAGCUGUAAAAUCUCCACUGAUCAAUGCUGGUAUAAACCUUGAUAGCCAACCUGUUGCUCAUGAUUUCAACGGAAAAACUCGAUCGAAUGCAAAACCAACUGUCGGCGCUUACGAAUAUUCCACAGUGGUGAAUCCUGGUUGUCAACUAAAUAGUAGUUUCAAAUGUGGUUCAUCUACAGCUAUUACACCAGACUAUUUUAUUUAA